AAGCGUGUCUGGGUAGGGUUGGUGCUCCUGGUCACUGUAAACAAGUGCUGCCCGCCAUUUCUCGCUGGGUCUCAGCACUCGCAUUUUUCGCCGGAUUCAAGUGUAAGGUUGUGGCCACAGAGGAGUGGGAAGCAAGGCACCCACCACCACCACCACCACCACCACUACCACCAUCAACAUGUCAGUCCACCCACCCCCCAAGAGGAAGGAGAUCUACAAGUAUUCAGCACAAUGGACACUGUACAGCAUGAACUGGUCUGUGCGGCCCGACAAGCGCUUCAGACUGGCGGUGGGCAGCUUCGUGGAGGAGUACAACAACAAGGUACAGAUUGUGCAGCUGGAUGAAGACACCUCGGAAUUCGUGGUUCGCUCCACCUUCGACCACCCCUACCCCACCACUAAGAUUAUGUGGAUCCCUGACAGUAAGGGCAUCUACCCUGACCUGCUGGCGACGAGUGGUGACUACCUGAGGGUGUGGCAGCAGGGCAACGACGGCGACACACGCAUGGCCUGCCUCCUCAACAAUAACAAGAACUCAGACUUCUGUGCCCCCCUCACCUCAUUUGACUGGAAUGAGGUGGAGCCCAACCUGAUUGGCACCUCCUCCAUCGACACCACCUGCACCAUCUGGGGCCUGGAGACGGGGCAGAUGCUGGGGCGGGUCAAUGUGGUGUCAGGGCACGUCAAGACUCAGCUGAUUGCACACGACAAGGAGGUCUUCGAUAUCGCCUUCUCCCGUGCUGGUGGUGGACGUGAUAUGUUUGCUUCUGUUGGAGCGGAUGGGUCAGUGCGGAUGUUUGACCUGCGGCACCUGGAGCACUCUACCAUCAUCUAUGAGGACCCUGCCCACACCCCCCUGCUGCGCCUUGCCUGGAAUAAGCAGGACCCCAACUACCUGUCCACUGUGGCCAUGGAUGCCUGCGAGGUGAUCAUCCUGGACGUGCGAGUGCCAUGUACCCCCGUGGCACGCCUCAACAACCACCGUGCCUGCGUCAACGGCAUUGCCUGGGCACCUCACUCCUCCGUGCACAUCUGUACUGCAGGGGACGACCACCAGGCACUGAUCUGGGACGUGCAACAGAUGCCCCGUGCCAUUGAGGACCCCAUCCUGGCCUACACUGCUGCUGAGGGGGAGAUUAACCAGAUCCAGUGGGGCGCCACGCAGCCCGACUGGAUUGCCAUCUGCUACAACAAGUGUCUGGAGAUCUUGCGGGUGUGAGAGAGGGAGAGCGAGAGUGAGAGGGAGAGUGCAAGUUGUGGGUGUUUCUUUGUUUGAUUUGAUGGUUUGGUUGCUGUGUUUUUUUUUUUUUGCUCUAUUUUCCAUGAUUCUUGGGGUGUGUGUGUGUGUGUGUGUGUGUGUGUGUGUGUGUGUGUGUGUGUGUGUGUGUGUGUGUGUGUGUGUGUGUGUUUGUUUGAUGGAAAGAGAGAGUCAGAGGAUACAUCUUGGAUCUCUCAUGUUUUUUUUUUUUUUUUUUUUUUCUCACUUUUCUUUCCUCUGUAACUGUGUUUUUUUCUGUAAUUCUUUAGGUUGUGUAUCCAAGUGUUUGACUGAUGAAGAGAGAGAGAGAGAGAGAAUACACCUAGAAUCUCUCAUCUCUUUAUUUUUAUUUUUAUUUAUUUUUUUAGUUUUUCCCAUUUCUGUUUUGUCUGUAUUACUGCUCUAUUUUCUGUGAUUCUUGGUGUGUGUGUGUGUGUGUGUGUGUGUGUGUGUUAAAAAUUGAAAGAGUCUGAGAAUAUGCCUUUUAUCUCAUUUCUCUUUAUUUUUGUUUUGUUUUAUUUUCUCACUCUUUUUCUUUCCUGUGUAUCUGUUUUGUUUUCUGUGAUUCUUGGGGUGUAGUGUGUGUGUGUGUGUGUGUGUGUGUGUGUGUGUGUAUAUGAAAGAGAGAGAGAGAGAGAGAGAGAGAGAGAGACUGACUGACCUAAAGAAAGCCCCUUAAAUUCCUCUCAUUUAUCUUUUCACUAUUCCUUUCUGUGUUUCUUUGUCUGUGUAUCAUUUUGUCCUCUGUGUGUGAGUGACUGAUUGAAAAAGAGAAACAGAGAACAUCCUGGAAUCUCUUGUUUCUCUUUCCAUCUUCAUUUCUUUUCUCACUUCCCCUUUCUUUGUCUGUGUUAUCGAUUUCCGUUCUCACUUCCCUUUCUUUGUCUGUGUUAUCGUUUUCUGUGAUUUUUGUGGUUUGCAUGAGUGACUGAUAAAGAGAGAGACAGAGAGAUUUACAGAAUACCCUAAAGUCUCUCUAAUUUCUCUCUGUACCUUUAUUUUCCCCAUUGUUCUUCUCAUCUCUCCCUCGUUCCCCACUCUGUUACUCGUCACACACCCCAGCUAAGGUCUUGGAUGCUCAACUCUGCUCCUCCCAGGGUGUGCUACUAUUCUGGCAAUGAUGUGAGGGGCCCAGAUAUGUGUUACUGUUCUGGCAUUGAUGUACAGGUGCCCCCAGAGAUGUGACAUUGUUCUGGCAAUGAUGUGGGAGUGUGUAAAGGUAUGACACUGUUCUGGCAAUGAUGUAGAGAUGACACUGUUCUGGCAGUUAUGUAGGGGUGUGUAGGGGUAUGAUACUGUGUUGGUAAAUAUUGCAAGGGUGUCCAAAGGUAUGUUCUGGCAGUGGUGUGAGAGAGGUGGAGUAUUGUGUUGGUGUUGAAUGGUUUUACCAUCCUGGAAGCAUCAUUACCAUCUUCACAUCCUCACUCUUUUAUUUUUUUAUUUAUUAGUAAUUUUUUUCUAUGCUUCUAUUAGGUGACAGUGUGUGUGGUGUUGAGAGGUUACAAACACCAUCAUUACCACAUCAUCUCUGUCUCUCUGUGGUGUUGAGAGAUCUUACAAACACCAAACAUUACCACUUCAUCUCCAUCAUCUUUGUUUUUGGUGUUGAAAGAUCUUGUAAACACCAUUAGCAUCUUCACCUCCCAUCUCCACUGCAAACACCACCAGCAUCACCAGUCAUGGUUGUCGCCAAGUGUUCUGUUCUCCCUGUGUUCUGUAGCAUCGCUGGCCUAGCUUGCAUCAGAGAAGGAGAAUUCUAAGUACAAAGUUAGUUUAAAAAGCGUGUAUCAGUCAGUCAGUGGGUUGGUUGGUCAGUUAAGAAGCAUCAUUGUCUUUUUUUUUUUUUUUUUUUUUUUUUUUUUUUUUUUUUUUUUUUUUUGCUUGUAUUUAAUCUGUUCCCUGUCAUUUGGCAUGGGGCACCUUAGGUAUUGCUGGGGCCUGAUUGGUCAGCUCUUGGCUGCUGGGGCCCCUUAGCUUGGCAGAAUCAGAUUGGGGCAAGUUUAUGAGUUCUUAAGGUUAUUAAAAUCAGACAGUAAAGUUUUUAAGUUUGACAGAAUCAGACCCAGAUAAGUUAAUGGGUCUUUAAGCUUAAAAUGACUGGGAAAAGCUUUUAAAGUUGUAAGCCCUACAGAAUCAGACUGCUGCAAGUUUGUGGGUUCUUAAGCUUGACAGAAUCAGGCUAGUGCAAAUUUUUAGUUUAAUUUUAAAAGCCAUUAACAAGAAAGGAAUAGUAAUUAAGUCAUUAGAACCUAUUUCAGGGCCUGUUGUUUUAUUUUGUGCUCAUUAAAAUUGUUUAUGCUUAGCAGUCAAAGGGUUAGGAGCAUCAGGAGCAAGAAGUUUACAGUGACUUAAGUUUUGUGUGUGUGUGUGUGUGUGUGUGUGUGCGCACAAGUGUUUACCCAUGAUGCAAUCUUUUACAACUAGUGACAUGGCAGCAGCUUCACCACCACUAGUGUGUGCAGUGAAGGAGGACAUUGGAGUAAUGUUAAAGCACUCCUUGCCUGCCCAAGAAAGCUGCAGCCCCCCACACUCCCCACUGGCAUCUGUUUGUAGUACUUUGAUUUCUAUACACUCCCCCAAAACAUUAGACAAAGCAGAACUGAAAGGAAUAUAUUUAACCAACAAGAUGCUAAACAGUAACUUACAUAUGAUAGGUAAAGUGUUGAGGGGCAGUGUGAGGUGUGCAGCAGUGGCUGGGAAGGCUCAGAGCACUUGUAGCAAUCUUGUGAGACAAAGGCUGCUAUUCUCAAAUACUUUUUAACAGGCUGCACCACGUCACUACAGUUUUCAAGGGUGUCUUCAUGAUCCUGGUGAUGGUUUAGCAGCAUCUACUGAAAGUCAUUGGGGUUUUCAAGGGUGUCUUCAUGGUUUUAGUGACAGUUAAGGAUUCUGCACCAACAGGAAAAUAUUCACCCUUGAAGACGUGACUAAUCGUCUCAGUGGCCUUUACUUUUAAAAAUAGUCUCGAGUGUUUGAGAAUGGGAGCCUUAGUAUUAAUGCAUUUUUCAUACUAAUCCCGUACAGUUAAGCACACUCAGACCAGUGUUGUAUUCCUCACUAGUAACGCCACCCUGACAGCCAUGGUAGUCUUGCACUCCUCACCCCGGCAUGAGCUGUUUCUUCUCCUUGGUGAGUGUAGGACUGCUGUGCUGGAGGUGGCCGGGUAGGUGGCCCCAAGAUGAUUUUAGUGCAGAUCAGGACGACCUUGUGUCAUUUUCUUAGUGUUAAUCCCGUUGUAGCUUUACUUGCAAGACUGUAGUGUGUGUGUGUGUGUGUGUGUGUGUGUGUGUGUGUGUGUGUGUGUGUGUGUGUGUGUGUGUGUGUGUGUGUGUGUGUGUGUGUGUGUGUGUGUGUGUGUGUCCUGUCCACGGCAUGGCAGGAAAUGUCAUGAAUCUUUUGAAGUGUCUCAUUCAACAGCCAGAUAUACACCUACAUAAGUGAGAGAGAGAGAGAGAGAGAGAGAGAGAGAGAGAGAGAGAGAGAUGUUUUAUGUCAGGGGUCAGUUUUGUAAUUUUAUAAAGUGAGGAUGUGGUGGUGUCACCCAGCGUGCAUGUCACCAGACCAGUGAGCGGCUGGCUUCAUCCCCUCAGCAGUGUGUCACCCUUGUGCCCCUCACCCCCUAACACAGGAACAUGCAAGUCUAGUGUGUCAAGGCUGGAAGAGGGAGGGAAGAGGAACUGGAAACACACUAGUUUGGUACAUUAAACCAUCGCCCUCAUAAUACAAAGGUUUCUCCUUCUCUUCUCUCCCCAUCCACACAGAGCCUCCCACUCCCUUGCCAUUCUGCCCAGGUGUCUCCCAGCCUGAGCUUCCAUCCCUAAAGAAUGGUAUAGUGUUGUGUUAGUGUGCAGAGAGAUGCCUGUUACUGCUGUUAUGUUCUGCCGUGCUGUUUGGUCUUAUGCCAUGCUGUCAUUCCUUUGCUGUGGUUAGUUAGCGAUUCUGAUUUUAGUUUAUUGAUUUGAGGAGCUGCUUUCACUCUCUCUCUCUCUUUCUUUCUUUUUCUGUGCAAGGAAUGUCUUUCAGCACCUCAGCAUAAGUGGUGACAGUCUCAUCCCCAUCCACCACCAUCAUGACUCUCACACCAUCUCUCUCCUUCCGAUCACCACAACCACCUCCAUUUCAUUGCUGUACCAUUCACUCACCUCUCAGCAUCACACAUUGCAUAUCAUUAUGACUCACCACCACCUCGAUCACCUCAGCUGUCACUUCUGUAUGCCAGGGUGUGCUAAGUUCCAUAUUUCAGCCUCACCUUUCAUUCCAUUUAGUAAGACGCUGCAAGGAGUGACGCUAGAAUAGUUUGUCAUGAUCAUAUACACUUGUAUGGAAUGUCCUCUAGCAGCGUGAACGACCAACGACUUAGAGGCACAAGCAGACAUCUCCCCACACCGUUUUUAGCAAUCAGGAUGAGUUUUCAUUUCUUUCUUGGGCACCAUCAGUAUUUGCCUGGUGGAGACAUGACCUGUGGUGCCUCAUUGUUCUCUGUCUGGCUAACAGUGGCUGUGGUUUGGAUUUUGAAGUGUUCAGUUACAUCAAGAGCUGCACCAUUAUUGUGUGUGUGUGUCUGUGUGUGUGUGUGUGUGUGUGUUUUCCAUCACUGUCCCUGUUGACAGCUUCAUUCAUUUGCUACAGUUUGUGUUGCUCUUCACAGGAAGGUGUUUUAAUGUCUCCCAGGCAAAACUCUGCACGGAAUAUUCUGUCACUUCCAAGUUUCCCAAGGUUUGGCUGUCAACAUAGGUUGUGUUUGAAAUCUGUCCCUUAACUAAGGUUUGUUACUUUGUUCUGAUGGAAGACUUCCUUUCAUUACUGUAAGAAAGGAAAGUACCACAAGCGCCAUCAACAGACCCAAGCCAGUCAGUCCUGGGGACAGAAUGAGAUGACUUGGCCUGGCCCAUCACAUAGCUGGGCUGCUGCCAUUGCACAGCACGGCCAGACAGACCACAGGUUCAUGGUGCCCGUUCUUGCCACAUUAUUUAAAUGACCAUGAUGUAAUUACCUUUUAGAACUGUACAUUAAAGUUUUUCUAAUA